UAAUUCGUUGUGCGAACGCAGUGGCAGUCAUUCAGUCAAUACACAUCGUGCAAAGACAACUUCAUAAUCGUGUAUACAAAAAUGGAGGGUGUAAUUGCAAUGAAUCAUUUGGUGGAAUCCGACAAGGAGAAGAGGCAAUUUAAACUGAAAAUUAUGGAGCUCGAGCACGAAAUGAGGAUGGAAAAGGAUCCAGCGAAAUUGAAAAAACUGGAUGAGGAGAACCAAAAACGGAACUUGGAAAUUGCUAAGGCCAACGUGUCGCUAAUGACGUCGAAUAUGAAGUAUAGAGUGGCUUAUAAUAUUAUUAACAACCUUGAUUGAUUUGCUUAUAAAUCAAAAUUGUUUCCAAUAGUGGAUCCUGGUUUGGCAAAGCUGCUUGUAAUUUUGAUCAAAAUGCAUAAUUUGUUAAUUAAUAAAGAGCAUGAAUAAAACAAAUCGCUGUACACAUUA